GCAGUCGCAUGUUGAUGACGUCAAAUACUUGCGUCGGCACCAUGUGAGGGUUGCAAAACAUUCACGAAGGGUCAGGAUGCGGCGUGCUCAAUGUCACCAAGUUUUACCAGCCACCGCCGACACAAAAGCCGUUUUUAAAGCAGCAAUUUCGUUCCUUUCAGAACAUGAAGAUAUUCGUAUGUGAGUGACUUCUUUGUGGUUCCCAAGCCUUCCAUAACCCCUGCGACAGUGUGGACGUCGUAUGGCCACUUCCAGCAUGUCCUCUCAGCUCUGUAGAGUAUUGGAGCGGAUGCUGCGCUCCUCUUGCUGUCACACCAUUCGAAGCAGAUCUUGUUUGCGACAUGCAGUUUUGGCCCCAGCAACCUCUUCCUCUCUCUGUGCUCUCGGGGAUCCUUCGCUUCAUAGAAGGGCAUACAGCCUUGACCCAUUAGGUUCAGGUCGACUUUCACUUGCCACAGGCUCCCAACAGCCUCGAUCAGACAGGACUUCCCUGUCUUCAUCCCUAACACACAGAAACCUGUCUGCAGCAGCUGUUAAGGGCCAGUUUCGACCUCUGUGUCGGUUUGACUAUCUGGAUCUUGGGAAAGUAGAGGAGAAUAUACUUCGUGCUCAGGCUUGCAAAAAAAGAAGGCACUUCAUAGUUAAUCCAGAUCUGGCUAACGUGGUGACACGCCAUUUAGCACCUGAUCCACAGGAUACCAAAACUGUUAUCUUCGAAUGUAAUCCAGGUCCUGGAGUGUUGACAAAAACACUAUUAAAUGCUGGAGCUCAGCGGGUUGUGGCCCUUGAAGGAGAUCGAUCUUUUCUACAUGAUCUACAUGAGCUGGAGGGACGUCUUGAUGGUCAGCUGGAGGUCGUUUAUUGCGACUACUUCAAAUUAGACCCAAUUGGCAGUGGAAAUAUAAAACCACCAACUAUGUUCACUGAUAAACUGUUCACUGAUCUGGGAAUGUCAGAGGCCAGCUGGACUGAUGACAUCCCAGUGAAGGUGGUGGGAAUCCUGCCCCAGCGGAAUGAACGUGGAAUGCUCCUGAAGAUGGUUUACGCUUUGUUCGAGCGGCUCUCUGUUUACAGAUAUGGAAGAAUAGAACUUAACCUUUUCAUUAGCGAAAAGGAAUACAAGAAACUUGUGGCUCAACCUGGUGAGAUGAGGUACUACAGAGCUUUUGGUGUCCUCUGGCAGAUGGCCUGUGACAUUGAACUUCUGCACAAGGAGCCCUGGGAGUCAUUUGUGGUUUCCUCAAAACAAAGUGUUCCAAUCUCAAAGAGCACGCUUCCAAAUGAUAACUUGUGUCUGGUGCGUCUGCGUCCUCGGGCUGACCUGUUCUCUAAAGGCCUCACUCCCUCUAACGCUUCUACUCUAUUGAUGAUGAUCAAGCAAUGUUUAGCAAAGAGGAAAGUCAAGCUCAUCGACAGGCUCAAUCUUUGGUCACCUGAUAGCGGAAGCAGGCUGUUAUCAGAGAUGGGCUUGCCUGAGGACACUCUGACAGGACAUGUGUACCCUGAAGAAUACCUGCGACUGUUCCAGCUGAUGGACAAGAGCCAAGAGUUCACACAAAGCUGGCUUUAUGAAGAGAUUUUGGAAAACACACUGAGAGAGGGCUGGGCCUAAAAUGCAAAUGCCAUAGGUCAUUGAAAUAUUUACUGAGACACAGCAGGUUAUGUUCAAAAUUUAGCAGAGUAAACUGGUGUAAACUGUUGAAAGAAAAAUAUGAUUGUAAAGAAACUAUGACAAUGCUUAAAAUGAAUCUAACCAAUAUUCAUGAAGUUACCUGAAAAUGUAGUUGUUACUGCAAUUCAUCAAAUAAAAAUUUACUUAUAAGGCACUUUUCAUACAUUUGUAACACAGUGCUUUAGAAAGAGAUACAAACUGUCAAAAAUAAUUAUCAAAAGUGAUGUUAUUUAGGACAAAAAACACAAAAACUUCAAAGCUGUGUAUCCCUAAAGGAUGAAAUGCAAUAGUUUUGCAUGAAGUGAUUCAUCCAUAACAAAACCAUUUAUAUUUUUCAUAAAAACAAACCGCUACACACAAUUGAUGAGAAGCAAAACGUGGAAGCUUUUCACUGUAUAAAAUCAAGUUUUGUAUAUUUUUAUUAAAUAUGUUGUAUAUGUUGAAGCUUAUCAGUGUGAAAUGUCAUGAUUUAUGCAAUGUGUAAAAAAAUAAAUAAAUCACUUUUUUU